AUGCACCCGAUUGCUCUUCCCCAACUUUACUCCUUAGCAUUGUCCUGUGAAAGGAUCAUCACCCUGUUUGAGCCAAUAAGCUGUGCAGUGGGUGAUCUGCCAGAUCUUGGGGGACUGUCCUCUUCUAAAGUGAAGGUUUACUUGUCAGUUUAUUGGAUUUUGGAAUUCCCUGUCGGGGCCAGCUGGAUCAUCAAGGAAAGCUAUGGGCCGGAACGACUCCACACCAGUGGUUAUCCACACCCUGUUUUUCCAGAUGUAACAAUAUGGGACCUCCCAGGAAUUGGGACACCUGAUUGUAAAGCCAAGGAAUACCUAGAAAAGGUCAAUUACAGCAAAUAUGAUUUCUUCAUAAUCGUAGCUUCUCAUCGCUUCACUAUCUACGACAUCCAGUUGUCCCAGGAAGUUCAAAAAUGGCGUUCUGCUCUACGUCGUUCCAAAAUGGAUGUCAGUAUUAGAAGUGAAAAACGGAACCCAGACUUCAAUGAGGAAGCAAUCAUCCAAAAUGUCAAGAGAGACUGCCUUAGUAAUUUGGAGCAGGCUGGUAUUUCUUCUCCACAGAUUUUCCUCAUUUCCAGUUGGUACCAGGAUAAAUACGAUUUCCUCCUCUUGCAAAGGACCUUGGGGAAUGAAAUUGAGGCUCUGAGGAGACGUGUCUUAAGGCCAGCUGAGCCGCCAAACUCAGGAAAUAAGAGAGAUGAUAAAUCAACCAACACAUCCAAAGGAAGUGGAAUCCGUUUCAUCCCCCUUCCGAACAUCUUAAAAAUUGGCCUUGCAAAGCUGAAGGAUGCUCUGAUGCAAAGAAAUCUCGAAGAAGUGACGGAGGAAAUACGUCAACAACUGGAUGCAUUAGAAAACGUCAAGCUUGACAUUGCCAUCACAGGAGUGUCUGGGGCUGGCAAAUCAUCCCUUGUCAAUGCACUGCGGGGCAUGGCUGAUGUUGAAGAUGGGGCUGCAAAGGUUGGGAAAAUCGAAACCACUAAAAAGUGUCAAGCCUACCCACAUCCUUUAUUUCCAAAUGUAACCAUAUGGGAUCUACCAGGGAUUGGCACACCUGAAUUUACAGCAAAGGACUACCUAGAGAAGGUCAAGUUUAGCCAGUAUGAUUUCUUCUUCAUGAUUUAUGCGUCACUGGAAGGCGGCUUCACUGUGAAUGACGUUCUCCUGGCCCAUGAAAUUAAGAAAAUGAAGAAACAAUUUUACUUUGUGCGUUCCAAAAUGGACAUCAGCAUAGCUUCAGAAAUUAGGAGAUCAAACUUCAAUAUGGAGAAAUCCAUCCAGAAGAUACGAAAUUAUUUCUGUGAUAACCUGAGAGAGGUAGGAGAAUCUAAUCCAAGAGUUUUCCUCAUCUCUAGGCGAGAUUUGAAUAAGUAUGAUUUCCCCAGUCUGCAAGAGGCCUUGGAAAACGAUCUGGAUGACCUUAAGAGAGAAGCUUUAAUUCUGGCUAUGCCAGUGUUCUCAAGAAAAAUGUUGGAAAAGAAACAGGCAAAGAUGCAGGACUUUAUAUGGAAACUAGCUCUCAUGUCCUGUGCUGUUGGGGCGAUUCCUGUCCCCGGUCUCUCUGUUUGUUGUAAUAUCGGCAUCCUAGUAACAGGAGUGAUACGUUUCUACAAAGUCUUUUGCUUGGAUGAAGAUUCCCUCAACAGAGUUGCAAAAGCAGUUGAUAAAGAUUGUCAAACAUUGCAGUCUGCCAUCAAAAAGUCUCCAAUGUCCAGCAAGAUCACUCAAGAAUUUGUGAUCAGUCUGUUGGCCCGGUCAUUGUUGUGUACAGUUCUAGCAGUAGUAAAUAUAGUCUUAUAUUUCAUACCAGUGUUGGGCAGUCUGGUUGGAGGAGCUAGUUCUUUUCUUACCACGUACUACAUGCUGGGAUCUUUCCUAAACGACAUUGUGGAAGAUUCAGAGAACGUUCGGGCAAAAGCGGCUGAGCCUUGACCAUCACAAUAUCCUUCAAGCAAGCUAAUAUCUGCACCUGUUGGGCUUCCCAAUUAAUCAACUGUAUGUAUGAAACAAAAAUCACACUUGGUAUAUGAAAUAAACCAUUAUUCAGCCUAAUUACGAAUGAAACUCAGAAUGAAUGGAGUACUGGGCAAACAAUAUAUUCUUAUCUUUGAUUUUAUGGGCAUCAUUUAAGCAAAAACUCAUAGCACAAAGCAGCUGUGAGGCUGAAUACAGCGCUGUGUAUAGUUGUGCUUUAGACAUGCAUUGGGUGUCUGAAUUAGCUAAAGACCCAGGUCUCAAGGUACCAAAACCAAGCAUAUUAUUCAGUGACUCUCAAAGUUGUAUACAGUCACUUAAAGGUGAUUCUGUUAAAACCAGAACAAAGUAUAUCGGAAUAUGCUACCAAAACAUCAGACAGAUGAUUCCAACAGGACUCAUAGAGGCAAGCUUCAUACCAUCACAGAACAAUAAGGCAGACAUCCUGACCAAGCCAUUAACCUCUAUAAAACAUGAAAGAUGCGCAGAGUUGUUGGGUAUAACGGAUGCAUCUCUGAAAUAAGUCAUCCAUGGAAUGGAAUGGAAUGCAUACAAUGCAUUGUUAUGUGUAAAUAUAACUGUUAACAUGGUAAACAAAAAUGUGAUUUAGGUUUGUCAAGCAUCUGGGAAGGGGUGUCAGAAGCUAAAAGUAUAACAGCUGCCUGGCAAAACCCUUGAAUGCCUUAAUUGCCUGCGGAUGGACUGAAAGCAAUGACCAGUUGGCAGUCAGCCAAAGAGAAUGACUAAGCAAGAUUGCAUCACCUACUGUAUAAGAGACAUGUGACCUUUGACUGUGCUAGCCAUAG